GGCGGCGGUGAAAUAGGGCGGUGGAGCGGGGCGCGCUCCCAUGGCCCGGCGGCGGCGGAGGCGGCACGGCGGGGCCGGUGGCCCGGCGGCGGCGGGGCGGCAUGCCGGGGGCGGCUGGGCGGUAGCGGCGGCGCGGAGUCAGUGCCGGAGCGGCGAUGCGGCUGCUCGGCGCCUUCCUGCGGCUGCUGGUGGCCGGGACGCUGGGGGCGCCGCCUGCCCCAGCCCCGGAGGCGCGGGGGACCGCCAGCGCGGAGCCGCCCGUUCUGACCUUUCGGGAGAUCUGGAACCGCAGUUUCUGCCGGCCCCUGGAGCAGCUGGUGGACGUCAUCACCGAGUUCCCCAACGAGGUGGAGUACAUUUUCAGACCCUCCUGCGUCUCCCUGCAGCGCUGCGGAGGCUGCUGUGCGGACGAGGGUCUCCGCUGUGUCCCUGUGGAAACAAGCACGGUCACCAUGCAGCUCCUGAAGAUAAAGCCAAAUGGGGAGGCUCCCUACGUGGAGAUGGCGUUCACCGAGCACAAGCAGUGCGAGUGCAGGCCCCGGCAGGACCUCAUGAGGUUGGGAAGGAGAAGGCCUAAGGGCCGAGGUAAGAGAAGACAAGACAAGAUGAGACGUAAAGGCUGUGAACUAUGUGGCACACCACGCAGGUAGCCUCUGCUCUGCCCCCAGCCUUGCUCCUGCUGCCUGGGUUUGAGCCAGCAGUGUCUUGCCCUGGCAUGAGGAACUUGUGGAGCUGUGUCCCUCCAAGCAGCGGUGGGAGCAGGACUCCAGCAGGGAAAAGCUGACUGGACUCUUGCCUGGCCCUGGCUGGAAUGCAGCCUGCAACUGAAGACUCGCUUCCCCCAUCUGCACCAUCGGCAGCCGGACAAAAGGACCUGUGACCAGGCCCAGGGCUGAAGAUGAGGAGCUCAAGCAGCAUCUUGGUGUUUGAGGACAUCCUGGGGGCAAUGAGGAGCGGAGCUGGUGGAUGUGUUGCUGGAGCUGGCUGGGGACAGCAUCAUGGGGAUGGGUGGAGGCAGUUGGAGGGUUGCAGCUGCAAAACUGCUCUGUCCUGCCAGUGCCCUGCAGCUGCAGAGGAAGGAAACCCGGGGCAGGCAAGGCUGCAGGGCUGCGUCCGUCUGAGCCUUGGCACGGGGCAGCCCAGGAGGGUGUCUGGGAAGCCUUCCUGGAGGGAAGGGGUGGGAAUUGGGGUUGCCAGGGCUCCUCACAUAAUUGCAGCCACAUCCCAGCCUUGCCCUGCUCAAUAAAACCUGGUGGUUGGACGCAGGCACUGGCAGUGUGAGCUCUCCUGUCUGCCCCCCAGCAACUGCAGGCAGGGCUCUUCCCAUGGGCUCUGGCCCAGACUGGAGGAGGGCAGUCCUGCCACAGGCCAGGGCUUGCCCCAGCAGCAACUCCUGCAGCAUCCAAGGGGCUCUCCUUGGUGUGAUGCUGGAGAUGGGCAACCAGUGGGUCAGGACCAGGCUGCUUUCCGGGUUGGGGGCUACCGGUGUGCUGGAGCUCAGGUGGGUGCUAGGAGACCCUUGGGGGAAAUGCCCUUCUCCACCAGACCCUAGCAUGGGGCUGGUACUUCUUAUUCACCAUCCCUAGCCUGUUCUUACCCCAGUCAAAAUGUCUUGCUCACUGUUCUGUGGCUUUCCUUCUCCCUGGCUGGGCUGAUGCAAAGUUAGGGUAGGGGGUACAGGCUGCCUGUGGGCCUUCCCAUCCAAAAAACAUCCCACCAGGGCUCAUUUACUUGGCCUGGUGGCAGGGAUCAUUCUGGGGUGUGCAGGGGACUGGUGGCCCUCACUGAGGCGGCUGUGGCUGCUGCUGUUUCCUGCUUUCCCCGCUCUGCCCAGGUCUGGGGGGCAGGCCAGCCCUUGUUUCUGUGUGCCUCAAGCAGUGCUCCUGGGGCCCCUCUUCUUCCCUUUCAUGUCCCUGCUGCAGGGGUGCUGGGGCUGGUUACCAAAUGCAUCCUGUGCUGCUCCUUGCAAGCUGUACCUGGAGCAGUGCACAUAGCUGGAAACUCUAAGGGUGAGCUGGACACCAGCAUGCUUGUGGGGCACCCCUAGCACGGGGUUAAAACAAAAUCAAGGCUCUCAAAAGCUUCUCAAGGCUCUCAAACUCUCAAAAGCUUCAAGCAAAAGCCAGGAGGGCAAGAUGUGCAAAGGCUUCAGCAUUACCAUCAGAUGAGGUGACCUGUGGUCUAUCCUGCACUGAGGAACAACAGGGGAGCCUGAUGCAGCAGGUGGUGGGGUCCAAGGCAGCUCCUCCCCAUGUCUGACAUAGCAGCCUAUAGCCAGGGCAGGCUCCCUCAGAGCUGUAAUGCUGGUGCUGCUUGGGGCUGGCACAGGGACACUGGGCCUGUGGGCAGGUGAGUGUUCCUGAGAGGAAAAGGGUGAGUGUUGAGGUGAUAUGAACCUCUGUGCUGCCAUCGUGCACAGACUGGCAGAGUUGUGCCCAUGCAGCUGGGCAUAUCCUCCAGGAAGCUUCUCCUUGGCUGCUUCAUGGAUGAGGGGAACUUACUGCUUCGCUUCCCACACCACUCAGGAGCUGUGUGGGCCAUGUGGCACCCUGCCCCAGUGGCCUGUCCUGGUCCGUGUAGGAUCUCCCCAUCCCCAUGUGCUGUUUCAGCCUGGCUGGUUGUGCUUUGAGGCUAAGGAGAAGUGUACGCAGUACUCAAGGGAUGUAUGUGAUGGUUUCUGCGUUGUUUUUAACAGUAAAAGUUUCACCACAGUAGUAUUAAACAUUUAAAAGGGAAGUUACGUAAACCCGAGGAUGUUAACUAAUAAAAGUAACUUUGUCAAGA